CUGAAUCACACCCCGUCCGUGAUAAGGGGCUUGAGAUUCUCGCGAGGUGAGCGGACAAGUCAUGCAAUUUCUUCCAAUACGCGGAUUUUACUCUUCGUACUCCUCGAUGUCUCUUCAUGAAUGAUUUUCCACAACCAUUACCCAGCCGAUGUGCAAAGGGAGAUGCGCGAAGACGCUAACAGUAGAUUACAGGGGAAACAUUGUAACCAAAGUGUCCCUGGCUGCACCUGAUAUCUAGUCCUAACAAACAGGGGAGAAGACCUGCCUUUAUUACCCCGAUCGACUUUAUUAUUCAUGUUUUAUGUCGGUUGCCUCGUCUGUCUGGUUUUUGCUCCGUGCACACAUUUUGGACGUCAAACCGUAAAAUGAGUGAGGAAAUAUCAGAUGUCCCGAAAGAACUGCUUGAGAGCGUAAAAGAUGCAGUGGGACGGAAGAUCAAGCUGGUGGUUCAGAAGAAAGUUAAACUGGAGAUCAAAGGAGAUAAAGUGGAGAACCGAGUCCUGGCAUUGGCAUCUCAUCGGGGUUAUCUUCUCAGUGCACGAAUCCCCACCAAGGUGGAGCAGACUUUCAAUUAUUUGGAGAUUCAAGGCAUCACAUGUAGCAAGCCCACACAGUUUGCAGUGGAGUAUGAGCGGGGUCAGAUAUCUCUUAAGAUGGCAUCUACAGAUGAGGUGAAUGAGGUGGUGGCUCACAUUGGCAGCUGCCUACAGAGAAUCUGGCCUGGUCUGCCUCCUCUGAAGGUGAUGAAGAGGUUGUCCAUGGAGCCUCCUGAGAGGAUCAGCACUUUGCAGGUGCUCUGGGAGAGUCAGAGUGGAUCUGAACCUGGACCCUGUGGGGGGUUCUCACAGCAGUACAGGUGCGUGUGUGACUGGUUAGGCCUUCCGUACCGAGAAGAGGUUCAGUGGGAUGUGGACACAAUCUAUCUGACACAGGACACGCGAGAUCUGAACCUACAGGACUUCAGUCACCUGGAGAACAGGGAUUUGGUGGCGAUAAUCGCAGUUCUGGAAUACAACCAGUGGUUCACUAAGCUCUCCACCAAGGAUUAUAAACUGUCUGCAGACGUGUGUGAUCAGAUUCUGAGAGUGGUGGCCCGAUCCAGCCGACUGGAGGAGUUGAUUCUAGACAAUGCUGGACUCAAAAUGGACUUCGCACAGAAAUUAGCAAAUGCCCUCGGCCACAAUGCCAGCUCAGGACUGCACACCAUAAACCUUGCCAACAAUCCUCUCGAGGACAGGGGGAUCGCCUCUUUGGGUGCACAGUUUGCCAAACUCCGUAAGGGCCUCAAGCAUCUGAACUUCUCCAAAACCUCAUUGUCACCCAAAGGGGUGAACAGCCUUGCUCAGUCACUGAGUGCCAACCAGUCCAUUCCCAACACCCUCACCCACCUCGACCUCUCAGGAAACGUGCUGCGGGGGGACGACCUGACGAGUUUCUACAAUUUCCUUGGCCAACCAAACAGCCUGCAUACUCUGGACCUAUCCAACACAGACUGCUCACUUGACCUGGUUUGUGCUGCUCUACUCCGAGGGUCCGUCCAGCACCUUACUGUCCUUAAUGUGUCAAAAAGCAUCUUUGCCCUCAGGAAAGGCAAAGACGCACCUCCUGCAUUUAAACACUUCUUCAGCAGUGCAAUGGUUCUCAACACCAUCAACAUAUCAGGAACCAAAUUACCCCCAGAGGCCUUGAAAGCUCUCCUGCUGGGUCUGGCCAGUAAUCCUAAAGUUAAAGAUGUCUCUCUGGAUCUCAGCUGCUGUGAGCUGCGGUCCGGUGGCUCUCAGAUCCUGGAGGGCUGCAUUGCUGAAAUUCCCAACAUCUCUUGCCUGGACAUUUCUGAUAAUGGUCUGGACUCUGACAUGGCCACUCUGUUAGUAUGGCUGGCCAAGAACCGCUCCAUAAGGCAUCUUUCCCUGGGGAAGAACUUCAACAACAUCAAAUCAAAAAAUCUGGCUCCUGUUCUGGAUAACCUGGUGCACAUGAUACAAGACGAAGAAUCGCCCCUGACGUCUCUCUCUUUGGCAGACUCCAAGCUGAAGACUGACCUCACCCUGGUUCUGAACGCUCUGGGCAGUAAUGCCUCUUUGACGCGGGUUGACAUCAGUGGAAACGGGAUGGGAGACAUGGGGGCGAAGAUGCUGGCCAAAGCCCUGCAGAUUAACAGCAAACUACGGACGGUCAUCUGGGACAGAAAUAAUGUCAGUCCGCAAGGUCUUCAUGAUGUGGCCGCUGCAUUGGAGAAGAACUUCACUAUUCGUUUCAUGCCCCUACCCAUCAUUGAUGCGUCCCAGGCACUCAAAGCCAGUCCUGAGAAAACAGAGGAUGCUUUACUGAAGAUCGAAAGCUACCUGUACAGGAACCAUGAAACCCGCAAGUAUGUCCAAGAGCAAGCGUACCGUCUCCAGCAGGGCAUCGUCACAACCACCUCACAGCAGAUGAUUGACCGGAUAUGUGUGAAAGUCCAAGACCAUCUCAACUCGCUAAAGAACACAGACAAAGAUACCAUCAAGGAAGAUGUCAAAAUAGCCGAGAACCUCAUGAAGGAUGCAAAAAAUUCAAAAACACUCCUACCAAACCUGUACCACCUGGGAGGUGCGUCCAGAGAGGAGGUCAGUGCGUCCACUGUGGGACCCAUCCAAGAGAAACUGGAGUCUAUGGCAGGAGAGGUCGCACGGGUUAUGGAUGAGCAGCUUCAGACGCUGCUUGAGUCGAUGGUUGGUGCAGCUGAGAGUCUCUGUCCUCAUGUCUUGAAGAAAUCAAACCUGCAGCAGGAUCUCAUCAAAGCCGGUAUGACCAAGAUGGUCAUUCCUCGCAGUUUUGUCAAGAACACACUGCUUGAGCAGUCUGGCAUUGACAUCAUGAACAAGAUCAGUGAAGUAAAGCUCAGUCUGGCAUCUUUCCUGUCUGAUCGAAUCGUUGAUGAGAUUUUAGAGGCACUUUCCAGCUCACAGCAGACACUGGGAGAGCAUUUGUCAGGGAAAGGACGUCCCUUGCAGCAACAAGAAUCUCUUGAUCUGGACGUUCCGGAGGAGAGAGUUCCUAAACGCUCCACCACAGAGCUAAUGGAGGGUGAGAGGCUGGAUGACCUGGAGACCUGCAUGAUGACACCCAAGUCCAAGAGGAAGAGCAUUCACAGUCGAAUGCUGAGGCCGGUCUCCAGAGCGUUUGAGAUGGAGUUUGACUUGGACAAGGCUCUUGAACAUGUGCCCAUACACAUAGAAGACCCCUCCCCACCUCCCAAGCUGGAGAAAAAGUCAUCUACUAGUAUUGCAGAACUCCCAUCUGAGGAAUGCAAGAAACUACAACACUACACCAAACUACGGCCAAAGAGAAAUAAAAAGACCAAUUCCAGUAAAAUUCCUUCAGUCGGCAGCACUCCACCUCAGGAGGGAGAGCAGAAUGGCCUCAUGGGAAGAGUGGAUGAAGGAAUAGAAGAGUUUUUCUCUAAAAAAGUCACCAAAGUAAACGAUCACAAACGGUCAUCCCUAAAGAGUUCUGAGUCUCAAGACGGUGACAAGAAACGAGAAUCGCGCAAGGGUGGCUUUCUCAACCUUAUCAAGUCCCGUUCUAGUAAAGAUAAAGACAAGGAUAAAGAAAAAGACAAAGAGAAGAACCAGGCCUCCGCUGCAUCUCCAGCCCCGAGUCAGACGGCUCCUGUAGCCGCAGAGGAGCCCUCAUCUCCCAAGGGCCCUGUCCGGAGCCCACCGCCCGACACUAAAGCCAAAUCCCAGACCCCACCCACAAACCACAGCAGCGGCUCGGAGCGAUCUGAGGAGCCGAAAACACCGGACUCUGUGGACUCUGAGCUGUCAGAGGGAAGUCCUCAGGGCAGCCGCAGAUACGGCGUGCAGGUUAUGGGUAGCGGACUGCUGGCAGAAAUGAAGGCCAAACAGGAGAAAAGAAGCCCCUUCAGCUCCCAUAAGGUGUCAGAGUCAUCAUCUAGCUCAGACAAGACAGAUGGACCCUCCUCGGGAAAGGGACAUAGUCCGGAGAGCCGCUCUUCAGCAAUAACCAAAACUGAGGGGAGCGUCUCUCGUUGUUCUGGGGAAGGCAAGCCUGAGGCAGCACAGAGACCCAGGACUUCUACAUCCACCACAACCCCCACAAGCCCAAAACCGCUGCCGCAAGGCACCAAACCAGCUCUAGCCGCAAGACCUGCCAUUCCCCUGAAACCACGAACCAGCAGUGUCAGAAGCAUAGAUGAGAGCUUUGAUUCUCCUACUGGUGGCCCUAAAGGCCCAGGACUGAGGAGGAUGCCCUCAGACAAAGAGGGAACCAGCAAAAACUCUGCUCAGGAAGAAAUAAGUGUGUUUGAAACCGACUCUGAGCUGGACAAAAGCAUAUCAGCCUCCAGAGCUCGAUUGGCACAGCAGCGUUCAGAGGACGAGAGUCACAAGGAGCACAGCACACCUCUCGCCAGACCCGUCAGGACGUCCACAGCGACCGAAUCAUCCCAGAAAUCCAGCAGGCUGAACUCCGAAGAAACCGGCUGUAAGAGCAAAGACACGCCAGCCAACAGCAGCAAGGACUCCAGUCAGAGCGGCAAAUCUGCCGAAUCUGGGGAAGAGGCCGAUAAAGACUUUAUUUUAAAUGAGAAUUAAAGACCUCAUCUCAUCUUGGAAAUGCAAACCUCUCAAUAUUUCGCCACCUUUCUUAACUGUAGCAUACCAGGAAGCUUGUACGGGUCGGGAGUCUUAAAACGACUUAAAAGUCCACACGUGUGCAUGCUUGCAUGCUUAUUUCUCUCUCUAUCUCUCUCUCCCUUUAAAAGAAAGAUGGAAGUGCUAUAUGACGUGUGUUGCUUAGGAGGAGACUUUGUUGCAUUAUAAUACGUUGAGUCAUAAGUUAGCACCAGGGCUCAAGCACUGUUAGACUACGCGCGCAUGCGCUCUCACUGUGUUAGAAUACCCUUUACUCUCUCUUAAAGCGGCAGGGGAAUCUCUGAUGUGAUUCUUUCUGUCCGUUAAACCCUUAUGCCUUAGUCACGCUGUACUGUAACAAGUUAAAGUAGGACACCGAGCGCAUUUCGUUUUCUGGGGUUUGAAAGCAAAACUGUGGAGACGCAACAAAUAUUCUGUGUUAAGAGUGAGUGUCAGGAAUCUCUGCUUCAGGUUCAGUCAACAUUCCUAAAUCUGGUUACUUUUCUGUCUUUGUUAAGGAAAGGAUGUUAUCUGUUAUCCAAGUUAGUUCCGGUUAUACGUGAUUUAAGUGCUCGUCUUAUAUUUCUUUGACUGGUCUGUCACUAUACACUGGCGCAACUUCCUUCUGUUUUUAUUUUGUAACCAUUCAGAUUUUAUUAAUUGUGCAAGAAGGCCUUUUUUCUUUUUGUCACAUGUCUGAUGUGCAUGUUGAGAAGCGUCUGUGUGUGUGUCUGUAUGUGUAAGAAAGCAUGUGUUUAUGAUAGAUAUGCUUUUCUACACGUGCCUGCGUGCGUGUGUGUAUUUAUGUACAUUAUACUCUAAUAUGUUGGUUUCAAGGACAGAGAAAACCUUGAACUAACUAAACUGCACUGUUAAUAAUAAUUUUUCAAAGAAAUCUUUUUAGUCUAGGACUAAACCUUAUCUGUUUCACAACAAAAAUCAGAUGAGGUAUAAAGUAUUUGAUUUUGAAAUGCUAGCAAUUAAUAUAUUUCUAUAUAUGUGUAUGCACACACAUGCAGUAUGUAUGUGUACACAGGUUACACAGUCUAUCGAUACGGUACUAAUCACACUGCUGAAUAAGUAGCUGUCAUUUUAUUAUAAUUACGACCGACGAUUGGUGCCGCUUUUUAAUGGACACAACUGGCUCUUCCUUCUAAAUUGGAAUGUAAAUUUUGUUGAUACAGUAUGAUGCUUGGCAGUUUGUUCCUAAAUCAUUUUGUUAAUGCACACUGCUGGGCACUUUGAAUUCAUAUUUUCUUUAUGCGAAUGGGCAACUGUGAUCAAAAGAUAAAUGUAGGUAAUCAGUGUUGAAACGAUUAAAUCCUGUAUUUCUUUAAUAGUGUGUCUUCCCCUGGGCUGCAGUCUUCGACUCUUUCUUUGUUCGUCAUGCAGUAUUUUGAUUAGCUGGUUUUGGGGGGUUAACCAUGUGGGUUGACUCUUUAAUGUUUUUCACUUACAUGUUCUACUGGUCGUGGACAUUUUAUUAUUGUGUCUAUUUAUGUCAGUUCAAUUAAAACUGAUUUUACUACA